UACUUUUAAUCCGGCUCCAACUGGAAAACUGAAGUAAACGUUGAAUGUGAUUUUCUUUCACUUUUGGAUGUUGAGUAUGGAACUUCGCACGGAGUUUUCAACACCAUAAAAAAGUCACUCGAGAAUAUAGAAGUCGUAAAUUGCAAUAAAAAACUAGUUGGAUUUGGUGCGGAUGGCGCAUCCGUUAACAGAGGGAGCAAGUCGGGCGUUAAAAUGUUGCUCAAGGCUGAAGUCCCCUGGAUCACGUUUGGCUGGUGUGUAGCACAUCGUCUCGAGUUAUCAUUAAAAGAAAAAUUAGGAAAAACAGCCUCAUUCAAUGACGUUGAUUACAUGAUUUUAAAAAUGUAUUACAUUUACAAAAAAUCCCCCAAAAAGUUAAGACAGUUGGGUGAACUCGUUUCUAUUUUAGAAGAUGAUGAAUAUAACAUUGGUGGUUACCGACCUAAGAAAGCCUCCGGUACACGAUGGAUUUCACAUAAAGUUCAGGCUUUAGAAAUGAUUUUAGAUAAAUACGGUGUUUAUUUAACACAUCUGGAAAAUAUGACUGAAGAUAUAACAUUUACCAAUGCUGAAAGAGCUAAGUUUAAAGGAUACCACAAAAAGUGGAUUCAUGCUAGAAUGCCCCUUUAUAUCGCGUUGUUUAUUGAGAUUUUAGCACCAGCAAAGAUGUUGUCAAAAUGUUUUCAAAGUGAUGAGAUAGAUGUGUUGGCUUUAUCAGGGUUUGUUCAACAAGCUAAAAGCCAUUUAAAUCGUAUUCAAAAAACAAAGUUUAUUAAUUUGCCAACAGUAAAACGUUUUCUCGCCAAAGUGACUGAAAAAGAAGGAAAGUUUUAUUUCCAGGGUGUUGCACUUAACGACUUUGUAAAUGCUAAACAUUUAGUAAAAAAGUCUAAAUCUAUUCAUAUCGAGUUGGUAACAAAUUCAAUCAUAGAGCGUUUGGGAACAAGCGAUACUAUUACUGAUAUGUAUGGUACAAAAGUUUUAAAUACAGAAGGUUGGCUUCAAAGUAUUGAAAAUGAAACAUUCCUGGAUGAAGGAAUAGAAAAUCUUUUUGACUUUUAUAGAGCGCCGUUGCGACAUGCUGGUUUUGCAGGAACUGUAAAUGAUGUUUUGGAUGCUUGGCAUAGCUUGGUAAACUACACUGUAAAAUAUUUAGCACCACAUAAUACCGGUUAUCGUAAGUUAUGGCAUCAAAUUUUUUCUAGCUCAAUGAAAAAUGAAUGGGUUCCGGUUUUACUUAUUGUCGAACUAUUAUUUACUUUGCCUGUUUCUAAUGCGAAAGUUGAACGCCUUUUUUCGCUAAUGAAUAGAGUAAAAACGGAUACAAGAAACUCUCUGAAAGAGAAACGUUUAGAAAAUUUAAUUCGAGUAAGUUUCGAUGAAAAAGAUUCCAAUUUAUUUGAUUUAAGUUCUGCUAUCGAGUUAUGGACCAAUGAUGCCGUGCGAAGGCCAAAACAAUCAGUAAGAAAAUGCUAUUCCAAAAGAGCAAAAAAAGCAGGAUUAAAAACAUUAAUCGACUUGGAUUCAUCAUCUAACGAAUCAAGUAAUGAAUAGCGCAAAACGAGAUUAUUUUUUCUCACCUUUUUUUAGUUUAAAAAAGUUUUAAUAAUCAAAUAUUGGUUAAAAAGUUCAUUACCUUUU